AAGUCUCAGCUAGGAAGACACGGCGCUGGAACCCAUGGACACUUCAUAUCCCCGUGAGGACCCCCGGGCUCCAUCAUCCCGCAAGGCUGAUGCUGCAGCCCACACAGCCCUCUCCAUGGGAACACCUGGCCCUACACCACGAGAUCACAUGCUCUGGUCUGUCUUCAGCACGAUGUACCUGAAUCUGUGCUGCCUUGGAUUCCUGGCGCUGGUCCACUCUGUCAAGGCCCGAGACCAGAAGAUGGCUGGGAACUUGGAGGCUGCAAGGCAGUAUGGCUCCAAAGCCAAGUGCUACAACAUCCUGGCUGCAAUGUGGACAUUGGUGCCCCCAUUGCUGCUCCUGGGACUGGUGGUGACUGGCGCCUUGCACCUGUCCAAGUUAGCCAAAGACUCUGCGGCUUUCUUCAGCACCAAGUUUGAUGAGGAGGACUAUAACUAAGAGUUCCGAGCCUGUCCCUGAACCGAGGACAACCAUGUCAGGUCAGCUGUGCCCAACACCAGCUCCUGGGAGUUACAGCCUACUAUAGCACCUCGAUCCCUGCCCAGCCGUGACCUCAGAGGCGGCCCUCUUGUCCACGAUGUGUAUUUGAUGCUGCCCCACUCAGAUCCCUCAGACUUAACUUAUAACCUAGAGGGUCCUCAGUGCUUGGCUUUGUCCCUUUCCCCACUUACCAGGCCGAGCCUCUGUUCACGAUUAAAAGUGGCAGAUUCCAGAAA